AUGGGCCGUAUGAAUGUUGUAGAGCCUCCGAGGAGGAAAAAACGUGCCCAUGAUGCUAACAAACCGAAGAGGUCUACAUCGGCAUAUUUCUAUUUCAUGGCCAGUUGUCGAGAACAGGCCGCUAGAGCCGGGACCCAAAUUACCAAAGUUACGGAGUUUACCAAAGAAUGCUCUGCAAGAUGGAGGAAUUUUACUCCCCUGGAAAAAAAACCGUUUGAGGAAAAAGCAGCAUUGGAUAAGGCGCGAUACGACCGUGAGAUGGCCCAGUACAAAGGCAAAGAUAUGGUUGAUCCAAAUAAACCGAAGCGGCCACAAACGUCUUAUUUCCUCUUCUUGGCAGAGUUCCGGAAAAUGAUGCAGGGCAAACUUGAUCAUAAAGACAUUCUUCGAAAAGCAGGAGAGCAGUGGAGAAACAUGACGGACGAACAAAAGAAACCGUUCGAAAUAAAAAGUCAGGAAGAAGCGAAGAAGUACGAAAUUGCGAUGGCCGAGUAUCGAAAGCGACAAGGAGGAGUGGUGAUGCUUGACGGCGGUCCGGAGGAGAAAAGAACAAAGAUAGAAGAUGGCGUGGUCGGGUACGGGGAAGAUGUCGAGGAAGAAGAGCUGGACGACGAGGAGGACGAAGAGGGAGACGAAGACGAUGACGAAUGA